AUGGCGGAUACCAUGCUUUCUUCUUUCGAACGAACUUUCAUCGUGGAUGGAGUUGAGCAAGAUUUCCGAUCCGAUGGAAGGUCUUGUCACGAUUAUAGACAUUUUGAGGUGGAAACUGGGAUCGUGUCAAACACUAGCGGAUCUGCACGACUUCGUUUGUCUCGAACAGACGUCUUGGUUGGAAUAAAAGCAGAAGUAGGAGAACCACAUCUGGAGAAACCAAACUAUGGAUACAUUGAAUUCUUUGUUGACUGCUCUGCAAAUGCUUCUCCUGAAUUUGAAGGUCGGGGAGGAGAUGAACUGGGAGCAAUGUUGGCAAAGACUUUAGAGAAUGCUUACAAUCAUAAGUCUGCCAUUGAUCUAGAGUCAUUGUGCAUCCUGCCUGGAAAGCAGUGCUGGGUGUUAUAUAUUGAUGCUCUGGUGUUAGAAUGUGGUGGGAAUCUGUUUGAUUGUGUGUCCUUAGCAGUAAAGGCAGCUCUUCAUGAUAUCAGAAUUCCAAAUGUUACAGUAUCUACAGAAGAAGGAGGUGUAGAACUAGAAAUAUCAGAUGAUCCACAUGAUUGUAGAAGACUGGAUGUCAGUUCUGUUCCAGUAACAGUCACUAUGAGUAAGGUUGGUCAUCGACAUGUUGUGGAUGCUAGUCUUCAAGAGGAAGCAUGUUGUCUUGCUCAGUUGUUAGUGUCUGUCAAUGGUGAUAACAAUAUCUGUGCAAUGCAGAAAGUUGGCCCAGGUGGUCUGGAUCCUGACUCUAUUUUUGAGAUGAUUGAGACUGCAUGCUAUGUUGGAAAAUCUUUAAACAAAGCACUUCUGAAAGUCCUUGAAAAGGAAGAAGUUGAAACCAGUAAAAAUAAAGAGAAGGUUGGUUUCCUAUUGUAGAUGAACGGCCACCUUAAAAGUCAAAGAGAGCACUGUUUUCAGUUUAGCAGAGAAACCCACCCAUGGAGAUUGGUGCUCCUACUUUGUCUUAUCACACCUUUGGCACGAUACAUUGUUGUGUAAGACAAUAGAAAUCAGAAAAUAUUCUGAUUACAACUUGGAGCUGGAUAGUGAAAUUCAUCAAUCCCAGUGAUGAUGACAAAGAACUGAAAUGCAGGAAAACACUGCCUCAGGGUAGCCUAACAGUCUAUCCAAUGAUUUUCCUUUUCAUAUAUAAUAUCUUUGCCAACUAUUAUUGACACUGAUCUGUUCACAUCUCGAGGAAGGCUAUCAGGAGCCACCUAUCUCAGGUUGGAACAAAAGAUGAAGGAAAAGAUUUGAGACUUCACAUAAAUAAUUAUUAUCAUUAUCAUAGUUAUUCUUUCAAAUGUUGGGCACCCUUUGCAACUCUGAUGAGAAAAAACUCAAGAGGGCACUAGCCUUCAAAGCUGGAAAACAUGAGUUAGCUUUUUGGGCAAACCUUAAAGAAAUGAGUUGAUGAAGGUGGGCGGACCACUGUUUGCACUGGUUUAUAUCUAGUGGCUUUGGAACUUGUGCCUCAGUGCCAUUGAGACCUUUCUUACGGGCUAGGAAGGGGUGAAAAUGCAUUUUGAAUGUAUCAAGAAUAAAAUUG